CUAUCUGAAUAGCAGGGCUAACGAAUGAAAGCCUUCCAUAUGAUACGUAGAUCUUUAAAGUGAAGCCAUGCCUGUCUGAAAGGAUUGCCAUUUUAUGUGUCUCGCCCAUAUGUGCCCAUACCUAUUGGAAAGAUUUUUGACUUUUUUUUGUGUGUACGUGUGUGACUGAGUGCGACAGGGUAUAUAUAUACCCGGACGUGUGUCAUAAACCAGAUACUCGAAUCACGCCCUGAGAGACGGCGGAGAGGUACACGGAUUUAUUAUAACUAACAUGACAUCGAAAGAGGACGACGAUGCGACUCCAGAGCGCGGGAACUGGACAGGGAAGCUGGACUUCAUAUUAUCCUGUAUUGGAUACGCCGUGGGUUUAGGAAACGUAUGGAGAUUUCCUUACCUAUGUUACAGGAAUGGAGGGGGAGCGUUCCUGGUGCCGUACGCCAUAAUGUUGUUCGUGGCUGGACUACCCCUAUUCUUUAUGGAACUAGGACUCGGACAAUUCUGCUCCCAGGGACCGGUUACCGCAUGGGCGAUCAGUCCUUUCUUCAUGGGUAUCGGCUGGGCCAUGAUAAUGAUCAGCGCUAUGGUGUGUACAUACUAUAACGUCAUCAUUACCUACGCUGUUUACUACAUGUUUGUAUCAUUCGUCAACCUUGACGACGAGUUACCAUGGCAAAAAUGUGGUAAAUCCUGGAACACUGAAAAAUGCCGAGACGAGCCCUACCCGAGCAUGGACAACAUGAACGAGACCAGCAAGGUUGACGCCAUGUUAGGUCUUAAAGAUCAGACGUGCGUGACUGGAUUGCUUGCAAACAUCAGUGCGAUCGCUAAUCAGACAUACAACGUCAUCGCAGACCUCAACUCGACUCUUCUCACUAAACACACCGAGAGCUGUGACAUCAAAUUCACUACGCCUAGUGCUGAGUUCUGGAAUCGUUAUGUACUGAGGUCAAACGAAGCCGACGGCCUAGAAGAUGUUGGCGGUAUUAGCCUGAAGCUCAUCCUCUGUCUCCUCCUCUGCUGGGUCUUCAUUUUCUUCUGUCUCAUGAAUGGUGUAAAGUCUUCAGGAAAGGUUGUGUACUUCACUGCCACUUUUCCAUACAUCAUUCUCGUCAUCCUUUUGAUCCGAGGUGUUACGCUACCAGGAUAUUGGAGAGGUAUCGAGUUCUAUAUCAUCCCAAAAUGGCAUCUUCUCAAAAACGCCAAGGUGUGGGGAGACGCAGCUACCCAGAUCUUCUACUCGCUAGGGCCAGCCUGGGGUGGUCUACUCACAAUGGCCAGUUACAAUAAGUUUAACAACAAUUGUAUGAGGGACGCCUUCAUUGUUUCCAUUGUCAACUGUGGAACUAGCGUUUUCGCCGGAUUCGCCAUUUUCUCGUUGCUUGGUUACAUGUCCUACGUCACCAAUGUUCCCGUUGACAAGGUGGCCGAUAGCGGUCCCGGAUUGGCGUUUGUAGCUUACCCUGAAGGUAUUGCCAAGCUACCGAGUCCUCCCAUCUGGGCAUUCCUCUUCUUCUUUAUGUUGUUCACCCUCGGGUGUGACUCACAGUUCGUUAUGAUGGAGACGGUACUCAGCGGCAUUUCUGACGUCUUUCCUAAACAACUCCGGAAGAGGAAAGUGCUGUUCACAUUUGUCGGUUGCAUGAUUGGCUUCUUACUUGGAAUACCUCAGACUACCAAGGGCGGGAUAUACCUACUCACCCUAGUGGACUGGUACUCUGGCAGUUAUAAUCUGAUGAUCGUCAGCUUCUGUGAGAUUGUCUGCAUAUGUUACGUUUACGGUAUCAACAACUUCCGCAGGGAUGUUGAGAUGAUGUUGGGGAAGACGAGUCCUAUCAUCUGGGGUUACUUCUACAUCACCUGGUUCUGUAUCACACCCAUCGCAAUUGCAUUUAUCGUACUCAUGAUGGCCAUCAACUAUAUGCCUGCCUAUCUUGGUGAUUACACCUUCCCGUCAUUCGCCGAAGCGCUCGGCUGGCUCAUGGCGUUAUCCCCUGUUCUGCUCAUCCUCAUCGGAUUUGUAGUCCAGUCAAUCAGAAAAGGCGGGGUUCGUAAUGCUCUGAAAAGCGAACCUCAUUGGGGCCCUGCUGCAGACGAGGACCGCACUGGGAUUUAUUCCCCUCUCAAUGGCAAUUUCUCGUCAAUCAAUGGAGAUUAUCCUACUAAAGUCGGAUACAAUAGCGGGAAGGACAACCUCACUCUUGGUACCGAAAACAUGGCUUACCAUGGGGAGAAACUGUAACUGUAAACAACUUGGAACCAUUAGCAACGGGAACAGUCAUCACCAUGGUAACAGAACCAUCAAGUUGCAAAUACGAAACUAUGGAUAUAUAAUAUAGUUUCAAAUACGAAACUAUGGAUACGUCAGAUAACUGGAAAAUUCCUCGUGCAAUAUUGGAAUUAAUUCAUUACUUCGAAUGGAAUCAAUAAUGAAGACGUAUUUUUUGUAUUGUAUAUAAAGGUAUGGUUGCCAAGGAGAUGAAGUUUAUACCAUACGAAUUCGAUCUAAAAGUGUGUAAAUAUUAAUGUGUUAAUCAGAUAGUGGUCCUUAAAGUCAUCAAAUCUGGUUCACGGACUACUGUGUUUAAGUUUUAUUUAAACAUCUUCAAAGUGUUACCAGAAUAUAGACAUUGAUGUACCUAUAUAAACAGCUGGAUGAACGCUCAGAACAGACAAUUUUAUCUAUCAUAGUGAUCCAUAUAGUAGCGUUCUUCAUUGUAUUAAAGCUCAAGUGAAAAUUCUCCCCGGUAAAUAUCUUCGACCUGGCAAGCGUUUGUUAUGUCUCAAAGAGGGAAGCUAAAAACAAGAAAGGGACUUUUUACCAGGAGUGCCGAUAAACACCAAAAUUAUAUUCUUCAGUUUUUGGAGCCAGAAUUUUAUGACGUAACCACGAGAAAUAACGCUGAAAAUCCAUAUUUUAAGCUUUUUUAUUUGUUUAAUUUAUAUCGCCUUUGUGUAAUGUACUUUGAAUUCAAAUCCAAUACAGUGAUUUUACAUCGAAAAUUAAAAUCAAGGUAGUUUACUGAUAACAAUUGUCGCGUAUUGAGAUAAUCCUCUUUGUUGUUUUGGUGACAGAUACACAUGUGUUCACUCCGUCAUAAACUCUCAAAAGAAUGCUAUGAAUACCUGGUAUGUAUAUUAAAAACGUCAAAAAAUAUGUUACAAGAAAAAUAAAACUAUUGUUUCGAUGAUGUCAAACAUAUGAUAUACACAAAUAUUACGGAUUAAGAUAUCAUAUUUCUUAAAAUAUCAAAAGGAGUUUACCCUCUGACGACAGAAAAUUGAUGUCAAUUUGUAGUUCAUAAAACCUCAAUAACUGUGAUAUAGCAAAUUAAUAAAUGAGAAUCAUCGUACAAACAAAAAUUCUUUUUUUCUUUCCAUUAAAAAUGUGAUUUAUUAUCAGUGUGACAUUACUUUCAGGGCAUACUUUAUUGCACAAUUUUGAGCAAAUGGGUUGAGAAAUAAAUGUAAAUGAUCAUUCUGAAGAAGAAGUACACAAAAAGCAGUUGUAUAAUCAUUUAUUAUGAGAAAACCUACAUCUGUCUGUUAUUCUAAGUACUGAUAAAUAUUAACAAGACGACAAUGCUAAAAUGAAUUAAAAUAGACACAGGAAUUAAAAUAAAAAGUAUGAUCUUUGACCUUUGUUUAUCCAUGUUAUGCAUGUAUGUUAACGAUAUGUGUAUUACACUGCUGUUUAUAGAGAAAAUAUCUUAUAUAUAAAUAUAUUUUCAUAUUUUACAUUUUUACCUUGAUUGUUUCAUCGUUUACACCUAUUGUCUCCCAUUACAAUAUGACAAAUGAUGGUUUAUAUUUAUUAUGUCGUUAGAACUAAUAUAGAAUCAAAACAGGGGAAUUUGAACGACCAGAUGUUUUCUCUACAGCAUAAUUUUAGUGUGUACUGGUAUGAUAUCACACGAAAACCAGUCAUAUAGUUGAAAUCUGCAACUUGGAUAAAAAGUCUACCACCACAUAAUAUUGAAUUGUUUGUUAUAACUUUGUCUCUGUCAAUGUCUAUCAUAACAGUUCCUCUCUAUGUGUCAACGUUAACCCUUUACCAAUAUUUAUCAUAUUGGACUUCAAAAGAUAAAUGAAUAGUAGAGUCCAAUAAAGUUUCUUAGGGUUGAAAGGUUGAAGAUUACAUACAAAAUGUACAAUAUUCCUCAACAUUGUCUGCUAUACCUUUAGGGAUACGUUUAUAAAUAUGAUUUAUAUAUAUGUUUCUAUUUCUGCUGUAUGAUGAAUACAAAAAGGAUAUUCUAUUUCAACAAAUGUUUAACAAAAUUUUGAAAGCCAGUCGUUUUGAAAAUAAGCAAGUAUCAUACUAUUAUCAAGCAGUUUCGUAAAAUUCUAAAAUCUAGCUGAACACGGAGAUCGAAUAAAAACAAAAGUUCGUGUUACAAUGAAAUUUGUUCCGUAUUUGUUUUUAUGUUUUAUUUUAAUUGUCAAAAUAUUGGUCACUGAUAUCAAAACUUCUUGGUUUUAAGUAAAUAUAUAUCUCGUUAAACAAAUGGAUCAGAAAUCAGGGUUUUGUUUUGUUUUUAAUUUGAACGAAGUCCUUUCCCAUGCAUUGUGAUAUUAUUUCAUUGAUGAUUGAUGAAAUGUACAGAUAUGUGAAAUAUAAAUCUAUUUUUAUAUUUUUAUUAUUUUUCCAGCAAACAGAAUAUUUUGUAUCAAUUAACGUACUAAUUAAGUUCAUUCUUAUUAAAUAUGCUCACUUCUCUCA